GCGAACAAGAGAAAGAAAAAAAGAAAAGAGAGAGUAAAAUAAACAAAGAAGCACAACUACCCCAAAAUCUCUCUGUUUACAUCCGAUGCUCUAAGAUUCGGCCGACGUUUGAUUGCUCCAAAACCAUAAGCCCACUCCGAAUAGGUAUGGCAUCAAUGGUUGCGAAGGCGUGUAGCAGCACUUCCAGUCAAAUGCCGGCUCUGACGGUGCAAGAAAGAGGAAGUAGGAAUAAGAGAAAAUUCCGGGCAGAUCCACCGUUAGCUGAUCCCAAUAGGACCAUCCCUGUGCCUCAAAAUGAAUGUACCAGUUUUGAAAUCUCAGCUGAUAAGUUUGAGGCGAUUCCCAAUCAUGGUCAUACAAAUGCGUGCAAUAUGUAUUGCAUGAACCAAGAUAGUUCCGAUGCUUUGAAACUUGACCUUGGAUUGUCAUGCACUGUGGGAGCAUCUGAGGUUGGGUCAAGUCAGCCAAGAGAGGAGAUGGAGGCGUCAAUGAACGAGUUCCAUGAUGCUGAUUGGAGUGAUCUUACGGAAUCUCAGCUAGAGGAACUUCUCUUGAGCAAUUUGGACAUGAUUUUCAAGAGUGCAAUUAAGAAAAUAGUGGCUAGUGGUUAUGGUGAAGAAGUUGCUAGUAAGGCUAUUUUGAGGUCUGGCCUUUGGUAUGGGUGUAAAGACACUGUAUCGAAUAUAGUGGAGAACGCACUGGCAUUUCUUAGAAGUGGACAAGAAAUUGACCCGUCAAGGGAGCACUAUUUUGAGGAUUUGGAGCAGAUGGAGAAGUAUAUAUUGGCGGAGUUGGUUUGCCUUCUGAGAGAGGUUAGACCUUUCUUCAGCACUGGGGAUGCUAUGUGGUGUUUGUUGAUAUGCGAUAUGAAUGUGUCACAUGCUUGUGCUAUGGAUACUGAUCCUUUAGGCAGUUGCACUGGUGAUGCUACUUCAAAUGGCAAUUCCUCUAUUUCUGCACAGCCUCAGCUGAGGACCGAGCCUAGAAGUCUCGAAUCUAAUAUUUCAGUUCCUUGUAAACCAAAUGCAUCAGUUGCUUAUGCCCUUAAAUGUCCACCUGAAGCGUCUAAUUUGGCUACAAAUCAGGGUGAGGACAGCUUGCAGUCUGAGGUGCCUAACCUAACAGAUGGUCCUAACAUGAAUCUGAAAAAUUCUGUUGUUCUGGACAGGCUUGCUUCGGGUGAAGAAUGUAACAACUGUACAUCUAAUAUUAAAGAGAAAUCCUUUAGUGCUGCAGGGAUAUCUCAUACUAACACAGAGGAGAAGUUUGUGGGCAGUAGAAAACUUUCUGGAAUUGCCAAAAGAGAGUACAUUUUACGUCAGAAAUCAAUUCACUUUGAGAGACAAUACCGUGCACAUGGUUCUAAAAGCACUUCUAGAGCUGGGAAACUUAGUGGUUUCAGUGGUCUAGUCUUGGAUAAGAACCUUAAGGCUGUAGCAGAAUCGACAGGUCUAAAUGCUAAGAACUCCUUCAAGAUUGGCAAAGCAGUUUCCUUCGAUGUGCCUCAGAAAGACGUGGAUUAUAAUAUUUCGACUAGCAGUGGAUUGGUUUCAGUGCCAACAUCUGGUAUGGAGACUAACAAUGGCAGUUCAUUACCUGUUGUCCCGGUCAACUCUUCACCUUCAUUACCUGUUGCUGAUACUGAACUUUCCCUCUCGUUCCCUGCCAAAGGUAUUGCUAAUCCGAUGCCCAUCAGCUAUAGCGAUGAGGCUGCCAAUUGUAGUUUUGUUGAUUCCUCAAACGAUAAGUCCCUCGGGCAGUGGGUUUCGCAGGACAGGAAAGAUGAGAUGGCUAUGAAGAUGGUUUCAAGAGUAAGAGAACUGCAAAAUCAGCUCCAAGAAUGGACUGAGUGGGCAAAUCAGAAGGUCAUGCAAGCUGCUCGUAGACUGAGCAAGGACAAAGCUGAACUGAAAACUCUUAGGCAAGAGAAGGAAGAAGUGGAAAGGCUCAAGAAAGAAAAGCAAACAUUGGAAGAGAGCACCAUGAAAAAGCUUUCCGAGAUGGAAAAUGCCUUGUGCAAGGCUAGUGGACAGGUUGAGAGAGCCAAUGCUGCUGUUGGCAGGCUUCAAGUUGAGAAUGCUGCACUAAGGCGGGAGAUGGAAGCUGCAAAAUUACGUGCUGCUGAAUCUGCCGCGAGCUGCCAUGAGGUGUCGAAGAGGGAGAAGAUGACCCUGAUAAAGUUCCAGUCAUGGGAGAAGCAGAAGACUCUUUUUCAGGAGGAUCUUGCAGCUGAAAAACGCAAGUUGAGGCAUCUUCAACUGAAACUACAGCAGGCUAAAGAUGCACAGUAUCAAGCUGAGGUGAGACUGAACCAGGAGGAAAAGGCGAAGGACGAAUUACUCACACAGGCCAGUUCAUUUAGAAAAGAAAGAGAGCAAAUUGAAGCAUCCGCUAAAUCCGAGGAGGAUAUGAUCAAAUCGAGAGCAGAAAACUAUCUACUCAAGUACAAAGAUGAUAUUGAGAAGCUAGAAAAAGACAUUUCCCAGCUCAGGUUGAAGACAGACUCAUCAAAAAUAGCUGCUCUCAGAAGAGGUAUAGAUGGAAGCUACGCAAGUAAAGUCACCGACUCCAGAAACAUUCGAGCCCUUAAUGAUUCCGCAAUGUCCUACAUCUCAAGAGCGGUGGCGCCCACAGACCUCAAGGACCUAACCGGGAACGGAGGCGUUAAACGUGAACGAGAGUGCGUGAUGUGCCUGUCUGAGGAGAUGUCCGUGGUUUUCCUCCCCUGUGCACAUCAGGUGGUAUGCACAAUGUGCAACGAGCUCCACGAGAAGCAGGGAAUGAAGGACUGCCCAUCGUGCAGGAGCCCCAUCCAGCGACGCGUUUGUGUGCGUUAUCACUCGUAAGUUGUUUCAUCUUAAUGAGAUUAGGCCCCCGUGCUAGGACUCACUGGCAAUAAAUACUGUUUUUGCAUUAUCUCUUCAAGACUUCAGACAACUAAAGCUUGCAUUAUGUGAGUGCAAAUGAAGAAGAAAAAUAUGGAUUGUGUCUCAAGUCUGGGAUUGUACAUCUGCUUCCCUUCUUUCACUGAAUAAAUUGUGUGGCUUCUCUCUUA